UGGAGCUUCCCAUUAUACGAAGGGUAGAUAGACACACCGACAGUUCAACCUGUAUGAGAAAUUAACUGGAGCCAGCAGGCCCAUAUAAGGCCCAUGUAGGUGCCCAAACAAGAUUGUGAUUGUUAUUUGACACUCUCAAUUCUGAAAGCGCAGCAUGGCUCCGAGGAACGAUGGAGCAGGCAAGAGAGGAAUGAACAGAGGAGCAUGGACCUCAGAGGAAGACCGAAAGCUAGCCCAAUGCAUUCAAACUCAUGGUGCCAAAAAGUGGAAGGCUCUUGCACUUAAAUCAGGUUUAAAUAGAUGUGGCAAGAGUUGCAGGCUGAGAUGGUUGAACUAUCUCAGACCCAAUAUCAAGAGGGGAAACAUUUCAGAUGAAGAAGAGGAUUUGAUUCUCAGACUCCACAAACUUCUCGGAAACAGGUGGUCUUUGAUAGCUGGUAGGCUUCCAGGACGAACAGACAAUGAAAUUAAGAACUACUGGAAUUCUCAUUUGUGCAAAAAAGUGAAUCAGAAAGAGGAGAAACCAGAAUCUUCAACAACGCAAGAAAUUAUUGGGCAGAAUGAGAAUGCAACGUUAGAGAAGGAGGUUGCAGUUAAUGAAAGUGGUAACAUAGAUGUUAACUUUGACGUGGACGAGUUCUUCAACUUCUCCUCUGAGGAAACCAAUGGCUUUGAUUGGCUCAACAAAUACCUAGAACUGGACCAUAUUCCUGAUCCUGAGACUACAAAAAAUCUCUGAAUCAGCCUUUUGUACAUCAGUAACUGCAAUCAACUUGCAUAUUCUGUGUGUAAAAAAAUAAAACUAAAAAGUUAGAUGUUACAACUUACAACAUCUCUGUUUCUAAAGGCCGUUUGGUUAAAAUAAAUAUUA